AUGCCGAGGCGCCAGACGUACACGGUCUGCAGCGGCUGCAGCAACUGGGUGUAUGAUUGGAAGCUGCAGCGCACGGGAGGCUGGUGCAACAAGUGCAACGACUACCUCAGCGGGUGGAGUGAGCAGCCGCCGUCUGCGGGCCGCAGCCAGCGAGGGGAUGGCAAACCCCCGUGGGCAAAGCAGCCAGUCACUUCGCCCGCGGACGAGCUGCAACACAUCAUCAACAAGUUCCAGCUGGGGAAGGGCGCCUACGCCACAGCCAAGGCCAUGGUCGACCUUGGCCCGCUGCAGGCGCUCCAGGCCCAGCUCACAGCCAAGGCGCCGACGCCCGCGGAGACCCCGAAGGCAAAGGCGCUCAGGCAGGCGAUCAGCAACUUGGACCAGAAGAAGGCGGCGCUGGCGAAGGCGACGAGCCAACUCGCGGAGGCGGAGCGCUGUCUCGGCGUCGCCACGGAGAGGCACAACAAGGCGCUGGAGGAGGCAGCUGACGCGGAGGAGGAGCACGAGGCAGUCCUGCGGGCGUACUCCAGCGAGGCCAUCCCCUCACAGGACGAGGCUUCGGCUACGGAGUGGAAGGCGCCCGAGGUGGAUCCCACGCUCUUCGACAACCUGGACGACUUCGAGCCUGAGGAUAAGAAGAAGCUACUCAAGUUCAAGUCGGAUCUGUCGUCCCUCGCGAAGCUGCUGGAGAGCGCCCAGAAGCAGUACACGGAGUUCACGGAGCUUAAGAAGCAGGCGGACGCCAUCCACGCUUCCCACAAGGCGAAGAAGCGGAAGGCGAACACAGGCGAAGAGGCACCAGCAGCUGCACCUCCACCAGCAACUGACGACGACUCCAAGGCAACCGCUGGCUCUGAGGCGGACAAGCAGCCGUCAGAGGAGGAGGUGCAGCAGCGCAAGGACAGACUGGAGAGGAGCCUGCUCAAGCUGAAGGCGCUGCUGCUGCUGGUGGCCAUCGCCUUUAGCAAGGUGUUCUUCUCGAACAUCACGCAAUGGGGCCCCAAGGCCCACAAGUUCAUCAACGAGCAGGGCAACGACAUGGACAUAAUCAUGAUGUGCGAGACGCACUUGGCGCAGGAUCAGAUGAAGCAGGUGAAGGUGGACGUGGCGAAGGACGGCUGGAAGUCGGCGGGCACAGCGGCGGUGCCCACGAAGCGCUCGGCGAACGGGACCUCGGGUGGUGAGCUCAUCCUGGUCAAGUCUCACAUCGCCUGCUCCACCUACGACACCAUCAGAGAGAGGCUGCAGAAUGACGGGAAGAAGGACCCCUUCUACGGCUUCACGGCGGUGAAUCUCCACACCAAGGCGGGCAACGUGGUCUUGGUCACAGCAUAUUGGUUACCAGGAGCUGGUCUGCACGGACCCAACCGAGAGAGGGUCAGAGCGCUGGCAGGAUUCGUGAAGGCGCUGGCGGACCCGUGGGUGGUCUUGGCGGACUGGAACGUCACCUUCGCGGACAUUGCCAAGACGGGCUACGUGCAGCAGAUCGGCGGAGCGCUGGUCAAGCCAGACGUGGAGGUCACCUGCGACAAGGGGAAGGGCAGCCUGAUCGACUACGGCAUCGCAAGGAAGGACUUCGCGCACAAGGUCAAGCUGGAGGCAGUCCGCACGGUGCCUUGGCGAACACACUGUGGACUGACGCUCACGCUGGAAGGCUCGGCGACGGCCUGGUGGCACCGCAAGAUGCAGAUACCGAAGGAGCAGGCCAUGAUCGAAGAAGCGGAGUCAGAGAAGAAGGUUAAGGACUUCUACAUCACAGAUGGGACUUGGACGGCGGCGGUGGCGAUGGAGCUCCAGUCAUGGGACGACAAGCUCAUCAUCCGAGACGUCAGGCACCGCGAGGCAGAGGCAGCAGCGACGAGGAUGUACGGCGACUGGGUCACCUGUCUGGAGGAGGCGGCGAUCCUCACGGAUGAGAUCGACGAGGAGGAGGCCGAGCACUACAGAGGACGGGCUUCGGGCUUCGAGGUCAAGUGGGUCAAGGCGCGUUCGACACCAGGUCGCACCCACAUGAAGUUCGGUCCAGCGGAGCAGUGGGGCAUCCUCAACGCCAUCCUCAUCAGGUACCAGGCGCUGUACACCAACGGCACCGACGGCAGGCAGCAGGCAAAGUGCUUGGUGGAGGCAAAGGCGCAGGGCAAGGUCCUCCAGCAGAUGGAUCAGAGCCAGGUCUUUGGCAGGAAGCACGGCACUGCACAGCAGCAGAUGUUCUACGAUAUACUGGACGACCUGGCGGACUUGGAUGAGGGGCAGCUCGGCAACUUAGUCAUGCAGGCAGAGGGCCACCUCGCCACUGCGCAGGCGCGUGGCUUCACG